AGAGGAUAUUCAAGGUUCUCGAGUCAUGGACAUCCACAGACACUCUAUAGAAUAAAGAAGGCGACCACUAGCUAGCAUAGAGUUCUGUCAUGUCAUGAGAGAUUGCCUUGUCGUGUGGUUCGACAUGGUAGCAUGCACAUCAUGGUUGUGGUGGUGGUGGUGGUGGUGUUGUGUGUAGCUGAAACGUACUGUAGAGGCUGUCAGUUGCAGUGCAACCAACUGCCUGAGCUGGAACUGUCACAUGGCAACCAGCCAAAGGGGCCCGUGACCACGAAUUCACCAGAGGAGGUUGACUUUGAGACCAAUAUGUGGCACAAUACAAAGAGCCGUAGCUGGGACAAAUUAGAGACCGGCCCACUGGGACAUGAUCUGCAGAUCUACAAUGAUCUCCGCUGCAGAUAUACGGCUGGGGGUGCAGAAGCUUGGACGUGGCUUAUUGUGAUGGUUCAGCCAGCAAUCCCCAUUCUGGGUCUGAAUGCUCUAUUUCCGGAUUAUGGAGACAUCUAG